CCCUCGUUUACCGCAAGCUGUCUGGGCAAGUUCAUUUUGCAAACUAUCCUCGAGCCUCUAUUCUCGUCCACCUCUUCGAGAACACAACCAGGUUAACACAGCCGCCAUGGCACCUAAGCAGCUCAACUUCAUUACCGGGAACAAGAACAAGCUUACCGAAGUCAAAGCUAUUCUAGGUAACGUUGUUGAUUUGCAAAGUCAGUCAUUAGAUCUGGUCGAGAUUCAAGGCACAAUCGAAGAGAUCUCAGCAGACAAAUGUCGGAGAGCUGCAGAAGCAGUCAAUGGUCCUGUAAUUGUUGAGGAUACAUGUCUCUGCUUCAAUGCACUAAAAGAGCUUCCUGGCCCGUACAUCAAAUGGUUUUUAGAAGCACUUGGCCUUAAGGGCCUCAACGAUCUCCUUGCCGGAUUUCCAGACAAGUCUGCCCAAGCCAUCUGCACAUUUGCAUACUGUGAAGGCCCUGGUCACGAGCCAAUCAUCUUCCAAGGCAGAACAGACGGCCAGAUUGUACCAGCAAGAGGCCCAGCAAAUUUUGGAUGGGAUCCGAUAUUCGAGUAUGAGGGCAAGACGUAUGCCGAGAUGGACAAAGUAGAGAAGAACAAGAUCUCCCAUCGCUUCCUGGCCUUAGAGAAACUCAAGACCUGGCUGCAAGAGCCUUGA